UUUACUGUAAAUAACUUUCAUCUGAUGUUUUAUAUUUAACCAGAAAAAUUUAACAGAAGUGAAACUUACAUUACGUGCAUAACGCCAGAAGUUGAUGUUUCUGAGGAAAAAAUAUCGUUUAAAGAAAAAAAGCAUUCUCUGUAACAGAUUCUGCUUUUAUCAGAUCUUGUCGGGAAACUAUUCUAAGUCAUGGAAGAUUCGAACACUUCUGGAGAAUUUAAAGAGGCUUUAAUAAGCUUUUGCAAAAUCCACCAUGUAAUGACAUUAAAAACGGUGUCUAAACGUUGCAAUGAACUGUCACUGCAUACAUACCGAUUCAACAGAGAUGAUAAGAAACAACUCGCAGAUUUAAUCAAUGAACACGAUUGGUGUAUAGCAGCGAAGGUCAUAAUCAAAAAAUGUUACAAAGGAUUAGGGAAGAUGAUCGAAGCACUGAGAAAAGACAAGAAUGUCGGCAAAUACAACAUGGAGGCUGACGUCAUUCACACAACUUUUGAUAUCAUUGCAAAUUUUACAGAUUUUAACGAGGGAUGCAUGAGAAAAUGCGUUUCCAGUAACCUUAUGUACACAAUUUUAAAGUACGUUUUCAAUAUGAUAAAAGACAUAAUGGAAACAGAAGACAAUCAGUCAUAUAUGUCGUAUCUUCGCGAAUCUGUUAUGACCAUUGUUUACAACUGCUCCAGGACCCCGUAUAACAAAGAAUGGUAUCAGGAUGCAACUUCACUUAAGGGAAUACCUUCUGAAAAUUUGAAUUCAAGAUACUUUUCUGAAGAUAAUGAGAUCAUUGAAGAAAAGUUAAACACUAUUACUUCCGUCCAAUCCAUGGUGAGUAAUAUUCAAGAAAUAUCUCAUGCAAUUACGUCAAAGUGGAGAAAGAAUGCAGCAGGCAUAGGUUUUGUUCAAUCAUACCAUCUUUGUGCCGUACUUACCAUGGCUCAUUUAUAUCAAAAAGAUGAGAACAAUACCUCUACAACAGAAAAAGGAAUAAUCUCGUGUAUGUUUGAGUACAUACGCGAGAGCUUAAGUGUCGCAGAUUUUCAAUGUGAAGGUUUUUCAUUAGAAGAAAUGUUAAACGGCUUGGGAAGAGUGGCAGCGAACACAGAAAAUCAAUCGAAGAUGGUUGAUGCUGGUGUUUUUGACGUUGUUCUGGAAGUUUUACAGAGUGAUGGCAUACCAUUAGAUGCAAUUGCAGAAGCAUUGAAAGUUUUAUGGCAACUUUCUUUCGAAUAUAGCAAUCUAAUUAAAGAAAACAUUGCAUUAUGCGAUAUUAUACAUAAGUUAAAGGAUAACGAUCAAAAUGAAGUGUCUGAAAACGCUGCAGGGAUUGAAUGGGAGCUCCACAAAAAUUUGACCGUUCAUAACGUGUUGCAAAACCAGGCUAAGCACAUCAUGAUUAGUUACAGUUGGAAGCAGAAAAAAAUUGUUAAGGACAUUGUGAAUAAGCUGAAGAAAUGUGGAUUUAAAGUUUGGUUUGACGAGGAUGAUAUGACUGAAGAAUUGUGCGCAGCAAUGGCAUACGCUAUACAAAACGCAGAAGUGUUUUUGCUGUUUGCGUCAAGAACGUAUCAAGAAAGUCCAAACUGCAAAUCAGAAGCAACAUACGCUCGCGAAAGAAAAGUCAAAAUUAUUCCAAUUAUACUCGAAGAAGGAUGGAGACCGGAAGAUUGGUUGGGUUUUAUGAUAAGUGACAAGUAUUACAUCGCGAUUCCUGAGAGCAAUCCAAGCUUAAUUUCCAAGAAGUUUACAGAACUUAAGGAGCUGCUUGACGGUCAUCACAAAAUGAAGAUAAAUUACAUUGAUGUUGUUGAUGCAUGCGAAGAGCGUAGUAUGGAAAUGAAUGAUAAUGCAAGUGCGAAGAAAGACUUUCUUUCAGAUAAUUGGGACGAAGUAAAGACAAAAGAAUGGAUGGAAGAAAAUAAUAUAACAUUGAUGCCGCAAAAUUCUGGGUUGAAUGGUAAACAAUUGAAAUUUUUGUAUGAGUUAAUGGAUCAGCACCCUUCACUAUUCUACAAGUUCUUGAAUGAUGAUUUUGGUUUGGUUUCAUUCUGUCAUGUCUCGAAUUUUGUCAUUGCUUUGCAGAACUUGUAUAAAUAAAACCAAGGCAGUUGGAGGACGAUGAAUACUUUUGUUUUUACGUUAAUACUUUAAUCGAUAUAGACACUGAUAAACCGUCCUACAUAUAUCUCGUAUCGUUAUUUCGUGCAUUCUUGCUGCUUGUUUACAUGAAGUCACACAAUUUAUUUGGACGCGGGCUAUUACUAUAAUUGCAAGUGCGAUUAUAUUUACGUUUUUGGUUCCAAGCCACCCAGUUGUGAAAUUGGAUCACAGAGAGACAGGCAGUUUUAUGAUGUAGAUGAUAAUCCUUUCUAUUUGUUAUGUGUGUUAUAUUGAUUAACAUAACAAACUUGCUCUCUUUCGAGAUUUUUAAAUCCAAGAUAUAAAUAUACUUUUCUUUCGGAAAAUCUUUUUUGCAUUUCGCGUUAAAAUGUCUUGUUUGCUUGCAGCAACUGCUUGCUAAU